UCUGAUUUCUCCUCGUCUGUUCGGCUCUGCAGCUCCUCAGCUCUCGCUUGUCUGAAACUAGUCGUGUUUUAGUUAGUUAACGUUAGUUAAUUAGUUGUUUAUUUGGUUUGUUAGCUAGUUAGUUAAUUAGUUAGCUAGUCAGUGGUUUGAUGAGGACUCGGAUCGAGCUGUGUGUCUCAGUCAGCUUCAGCGAGAAAGAUGAGUGGAGAUUCAGAUGUUCCUCAAGAUCUGCGCGAGAGUGUUCAGGAUGCCGUCGGGCCGCAGCUGAAGGUGUGUUUCCUCAAAAAGGUGACCUUGGAGAUCAAAGGUGACAAACUGGAGAGCAGAAUCCUGGCUCUCACUCCUCACCGAGUGUUUCUGCUGAGCACACGAGUCCCUGCUAAAGUGGAUCAGUCCUUCAGUGUGUUUGACAUUCAGAGCAUCAGCAGCAUCAGACAGAAGCAGCUGCUGGUGGACUAUGACAGAGGGCAGCUGUCUCUGAGACUCGCGUCUGAUCAAGAAGCUGAUGAUUUUAUUGCACAAAUAGGAACAAACAUUCAGGAGAUUUGUCCAGGACUCGACCCGCUGAGAGUGUUAAAGAAGCUCGUGUUAAAGCCGGUGGAGAGAGUCACCAGUUUACAGACACUAUGGGAAACUUACACUCCAGCAGAAGCAGGACCCUGUGGUGGCUUCUCUCGUCUGUACUGGUGUGUGUGUGAUCAGAUGAACAUGCCCUACAGAGAGGAGGUGCAGUGGGAUGUGGACACCAUCUAUCUGUCUCAGGACACCAAAGAGCUCUGCCUGCAGGACUUCAUACACCUGGACAACAGGGAUCUGCUGGCCAUUACUGCUGCGCUCGAGUUCAACCAGUGGUUCAUCAAACUCUCCAUAAAGGACGUUAAACUGACUGCAGAUCUGUGUGAUCAGAUACUCAGAGUUGUGUCUCGAUCCAACAAACUUGAAGAAUUGACACUGGACAACACCGGACUCAAGAAUGAUUUUGCUCAGAGGUUUGCUGCUGCUUUGAGUCAGAAUCCAAACUCAGCGUUACACACAAUCAUUCUGGCCAGCAACUGUCUAGAAGACAAAGGUGUCGUAGCUCUGAGCUCUGCUCUGUCUAAACGCACACCUGGACUCACACACCUGGAUCUGUCCAAGAACUCACUGUCAGCUAAAGGUGUGAAUGUUCUGGCUCAGUGUUUCUGUUCCACGUCACUCAAACACCUGAAUCUGUCUGGAAACACACUCAGAGGAGACGACAUGCCUAACCUGUGGAGUUUCCUGUCUCAACCCAACUGUCUACACACACUCGACUUGUCCAAUAGUGAAUGCUCCAUUGACCUGGUGUGUUCAGCACUGCUGCGCGGGUCCCUCAAACACCUGACGGUCCUCAACAUGUCCAGAAGUGUCUUCACUUACAAGCGAGGGAAGGAUUUCCCGUCCUCCUUUAAGCAGUUCUUCAGCAGUUCUUCAUCUCUGCAGAGCAUCUGUGUGUCUGGGACUAAACUGCCUGCUGAAGGCCUGAAAGCUCUUCUCCUCGGUCUGGCCUGUAACGCUAACCUGCGGGAUGUUUCUCUGGAUAUCAGUGGCUGUGAGUUGCGUUCAGCAGGCUCUCAGAUUCUGGAAGGGUGUAUCGCUGAGAUCCCCAACAUCACCAGCCUGGACGUGUCGGACAAUGGGCUGGACUCAGAUCUGUCCACUCUGCUGGUGUGGCUGAGGAAGAACCGCUCCAUCAAGCAUCUCUCCAUCGGCAGAAACUUCAGCAACAUCAAAGCCAAGUAUCUGGGGCCGGUUCUGGUGGCUCUGGUCCACAUGAUUCAGGAGGAGGAUUCACCGCUGGCGUCUCUGUCUCUGGCUGACUCGCGUCUGAAGGCUGAUCUGUCUGUGGUGUUGAACGCUCUCGGGGGGAACAGCAGUCUGACCCGGCUGGACAUCAGUGGGAACAGCAUGGGGGAUCUGGGGGCCAAGAUGCUGGCCAAAGCCCUGCAGGUCAACACCAAACUCAGGACGUUGCUGUGGGAUCGUAACGCUGUGAGCGCUCAGGGUCUGCAGGAUGUGGCGGCCGCUCUGGAGAAGAAUUACACCAUCAGGUUUAUGCCGGUUCCCAUCACAGACGCAGCUCAGGCUCUGAAGAACAACCCGGAGAAAACUGAGGACGCACUGAUGAAGAUGGAGCAGUAUCUGCUGCGUAACCAUGAGAGCAGGCGCUAUCUGCAGGAUCAGGCCUUCAGACUGCAGCAGGGCCUCAGCACCAGCGCUACACAACAGAUGAUGGGUCAGGUGUGUGUGCAGGUGCAGGAUCAGCUGAACUCUCUGCGCUUCAGUUCCAGUGAGCGUGUUCAGCAGGACAUGAAGACGGCCGAAAGUCUGAUGAGGGACGCCAAGAGCUCCGCAACAUUGUUGCGCAGUCUGUAUGCGGCGGGCAUCAGUGACGGCUCUGCAGGCGUCUGCAUUCAGCAGGUGCAGGAGAAGCUGUGUUCAGUAGCAGGAGAUAUCAGCGCACUCAUAGACCAGCAGCUGCAGGCUCUGCUGGUGUCUAUGCUGGACUCAGCUCAGAGUGUGUGUCCGGGUGUGAUGCAGCAGAAGUGUUUGCGCGCUGAUCUCCUACGCAGCAGCGAGGGCAGAACGAGUGUGUCCAGAACCUUCAUCACCAACACCCUGCUGGAGCAGUCGGCCAUCGACAUCCUCAACAAGACCAGUGAGGUGAAGCUCAGCAUGGCGUCGAGUCUCUCGGAUUACAUCACUGAUGAGAUCCUACAGUCUCUGACCCGCUCGCAGCAAACUCUGGCGGCUCAUCUGAGCAGGAGAGGUCAGCCACCGCUGCUGCAUCACGACUCACAAGAGCCAGAAGUGAUGGACGAGAGAGAAAUCCAGACAGACAUGAUCAAACCUGAAGCAGAACCACAGCGCACUCAUAAAGCCAAGAGGAAGAGCAUCCACAGCCGCAUGUUCAGACCCAUGUCUUCUGCCUUCGAGCUGGACUUUGAUCUGUGUAAGGCAUUAGAGGGCGUGUCCAUCUGUGUGGAUGAUUCGCCUCUGCCUCCGCCCCUGUCCCCGACUCCACCCCUUCCGCCACCAGAGACCCCACUCCCAGCGGAGGCGGAGCUACCUCAGAUUCAGCCUAUGAGAUUCAGUGAUGUGCCCACUGGAGACACGCCCACUCUACAGCACAUCACCAAAACCAGACCGCGGAGAACCAAGAGGACCAAACCCAGCAGAGCCGCCUGUCAGCCAAUCACCAAAGCUCCUACACAGGAAGUGGAAGAGAGUGGCUCUGUGGAUCAGCUGGAUGAAGGAGUGCCGGAGUUCUUCUCCAGAAAAGUCACCAACUUCGGAGUGAAGCCGGACACAGAGAAGAAGAGAGAGUCUCGUCUCAGUGGCUUCUUCAGUCUCAUUAAGCACCGCCCCUCAUCUAAAGCCACGCCCAUCAGCCCCACCCCCAGAGCAAUGUCAACAGAAGAGCCUGAUGCCCCGCCCCGUGUACCAACUGUGACCUUUAAUGAGCCUGUGCCGACUGUGACCUUUAGUGACCCUGUUCCGGCUGUGACCUCCAGUUUACCUGCGCCGGUCGUGACCUUUAUUGAUCCUGUACCUGCUGUGACCUCUAGUGACCCCACUCCGGCUGUGACCGCCAGUGACCCUACUCCGGCCAUGACCUCUAGUGACCCCGCACCAACCAUGAUCUCCAGUGACCUCGUGACCCCAGAGCCUGUAGCGCCUGAGGUCAAAGGUCAUGUUCAGGAGGCUGUAAAGCGUGGCAGUCCACUGAGCGGGCGACACAUGGGUGUGCAGGUGCUGGGAAACGAUCUGCUGGCGGAGAUACGAGCCAAACAGGAGAAACGCAAGAAGGCUGGUGUUUCUCCAUCUGCAGCAGGUCAAGAUGAAGGUGACCACGGACACACAGCAGCACAGAGAGAGACUCAUGAGCAGGAGUCUACAGCUAACACACAUAAACCCAGACCUGAACACACACCUGCGCAGAAACACACACUCGCACCUGUGCAAAAGCACACACCUGAACACACACCUGUUCAGAAGCACACACCCGAGCAGACACACACACCAAUACACACACCUGUGCAGGAACACACACCCGAGCAGACACACACACCAACACACACACUUGUGCAGGAACACUUAGCUGAACACACAGCAUCAUCGGAGCGUCACUCCAGUCAUUCAUCUGAACUCAUCACUCCUCCUCCUCAUCCUCCUCCUCCUCCUCUGGAUUGUGUCCCAGUAUCCCCUGCUCUUCCGGCCCCGCCCCUCUCCCCGUGGGCGGAGGUGUCAGUCAGUGAGGGGGCGGAGCCAGGUUCUGUCACUCACAGCACAGAGGGCGGAGACUCGCCUGACCACUGUCUGCAGUCUCCCGGUGACAGCAGUGUGUUCGACACACACACACUCAGCGUCAGUCGCUCUAUAUCCUGCGUCCAGUCCACAUCUGAGGACAACAGCGACCGCCAGCGCACACAGUCCCUCCCCUCAGCCGCUGCGGCCAAUCACAUCUCCUGAACACCAGUGAUUGACAGAUGAGAUCAGCCUUCAUCUUAGCAUUAAUCACUUCAUGUUCACUUAGAGAUAUAAUAUGUGUAAUACAGCCUGUAAGAUGAGCUGGGCCUGUGCUUCUCAACCAGAGCCCUCGGUAACCCAGGCGCAAGAUGACUGAAGUGUUUCAGACUGUUGUUUUUUAUAUAUUUUAUAUGUUUUUAUGAGCACAAAUCAAAAUGUUUUUGACAAGGGCGACACGGUGGUGCAGUGGAUUAAAACCAGAAGGUCUCUGGUUUGAGUCCGGCUGGGUCAGUGUGUGUUUCUGUGUGGAGUUUGCAUGUUCUCCUCAUGUUGGUGUGGGUUUCCUCCGGGUGCUCCGGUUUCCCCCACAGUCCAAACACAUGCGCUAUAGGGGAACUGAUCAACUAAAGUAGUGUAUGAGUGAAUGAGUGUGUAUGGGUGUUUCCCAGUACUGGGUUGCAGCUAGAAGGACAUCCGCUGUGUAAAAAAUUUGCUGGAAUAGUUGGCGGUUCAUUCUGCUGUGGUGAUCCCAGAUUAAUAAAGGGACUAAACUGAAAAGCAAAUGAAUGAAUGAAUAUUUUUGACGAAUGAUAACCAAAACCAAUAAUAUAUAUAUUCUCAAAAUAAUGAAAUCAGAUUUGUAAUCGUUUAUAGAAUUAAAAUCACAUAUUUAGAAUAAUUAUAAGAUUUCAGACAUAAUGAAAAUAGUAAAAUCACAUUUAGUUCUUGUUUACUCGCGCCGUGUCAUUUUAUAAUCAGAGAUACUGGUAUAGAUUUAUCAAUAUAAUAUCAGUGCAUAUAUUCGUUCAUAUUAAUGUCGUGUUUUCUGUUUUCAGUGUAAUUUAGGGAAAGAUUUAGGAUUUUAAAAACUGUAGUUUUAGUAUAGGUUAACUGUAAUCCCUGUUGUUAUUACACUUUAAUAUUAAAGCUAUUGUGCUUUAAGUCUAUUUGUUAUUGAGUAACAAACUGGAUCAGAAUCUUGGAUCUUAUAGAAAAGAGUAAAUUAUGAUCAGAAUUGUCAACAUUGAGGAGACUCUCAAAAUCUGUACAUCACUUUAAGAGCAAUGGAAAAGACUGGAUAAGUAUACAAUUAUAUUAUUAUUAUGAUUAUUAUUAUUAUUAUUAUUCUGAUUAAAGAGAUUGAGAAAAUUUGAUCUGCUGUGGUUUAAAUAAGAAAACCCUUAAAUAACCCUUUCAUUAUUAUUAUUAUAAACAAGUAAGAGCAAUUCUAUAUAAUGUUGUUAUUAUACAGCUUUGAGGGAUUAUUUACACACAGAUUAUUGGAAUAUGCUUUGCAGUAAUAGCUUUGUUUAAUAUGUUCUAGUGUUUCCUGCUGUUUCUUUGUAGUAAUGUGAAAUCUAUGAGCAGUGUUUUAAAUGUGUUCAGUUUUAGAUUUUGUAUUUUUGUGAGUUUUGUUACUAAUUUUGUGUUUAAAACCUUUAAACUUGUACCCUGUAUGUUUACAGUCUGGAGUAAACACAUGUAGAUCUGUAAACACUUGUGAAACUCACUGGCCUUUAUUGUGUUUUAUUUUAAUCAAUUAUAAUUGAUAUAUCUGUGUCGAUCUGAUUAGUUUAUUAUAUAUAUAUAUAUAUACAGGAUUGUAUAUUUGACAAAGAAAAUAAUAUUUUAUUCCUGAUGCAUUAAAAUUGGAGAGUUA